AUGAAUGAUAAUCCACGCCAAGAUCAGUUUCACAAUCCUCCGGGAUUCCGCGCUGCCCUUGCUGAAGCCAUCGCAGACAAUGACGAGGACAUGAUGGACGAGGACCUGAUGGACGAGGACAUGAUGGACGAGGACAUGAUGGCUCUGGAGGAGGCAACACUCCACGACGGUUCCUCCACCGAGACUCUCGAUCAUGAUGCUGAUGACAUUGCCACAGAGAGACAGGAGCUGGCAGACCAUGUGAAUAUGCGCGCCGCGAUGCUUCAAAAUGAGCUUGAUCGUGUGCGCGCCGAAGUGAGGAAACGCAACCGACCCAUGACGCUUGACGACGUGAUGACCGUUCUGGAGCUGUACCGACAAUUGAUCCGCAUUGCCUGCCCUCACAACGAUUUCGACAGAGAGAGAUGGGUUCAAUCUCGCGAGCGAUGCUUGGGGUUGCAACGACGAUUCCUCGAAAAGGGAGAAGUAUACCGCCUCAUCCAAUCGAAAUGCGAAGAAAUGAGCGAGAAAUGCGGCCGUCUCCGGGAAAAGUGCGUCUCCAUCUGUGAGUACUACGACAAGUUCCAAGAACGAAUCAACAGCCUCUUUGCGGAAGACGAGGAAGAAGACGAGGAGCUGUACGACAUGAUGCGAGGCUCGAUGGGCGCAAACGAGCAGAGAUUGGAAGGGUUCCUGGACGAGGGCACGGAUUUGAUGCAGAUGAUUGAGGAGCAGAUGCUUUGGGCGUAUAAGCUGGAGAGAAAGUCGGCGUAUAACAUUCAUCAGCUGCGGUGCUUUGAGGGGAUCCUUGAUGAUAUUCUGCGGUCGUUUGAUUAUUGGUUUGGGGAGCUGUGA